CAUACACACACCCUCACUCUCCUCAUUGCCAUAACAACAGAUGCGCCGCAUCACUCCGCUUGUAUCUAUACGGGAGUCGAAGGGCGGAAUCAACCCGCACCGGUGCCGAUAAAACGCCGCAGAGGUGACGCGUACGACCCUCGUUGAACCAUUUACGUCGAACCGAGCCGCUUCGGGGAGAAGAGCGCGCGGGACAUCCUCGUUCGCCGGGUCUGCGCGGUCACGGCACGAACCGCAGGCGAAGAGCGACGGACGGAGCAGGAAGCGGAGCGUGGGAAAGCGGGGGAAAUCUCCGGGGAUCUCCAGCGCUCGCGUCUCCAUCUACGGUCGUUCCCGUGUGUUUCCGCCAUGGCUCGGGAGAACGGAGAGGCCGGCGGGGAUUGCUCGUGGAAGAAGCAGGUCGAGGACGUCAAGGAGAUGUUUGAGUUCAAGGAGGUGCUCGGGACGGGUGCAUUCUCAGAGGUGGUCCUGGCGGAGGAGAGGGCCACGGGAAAGAUGUUCGCUGUCAAGUGCAUUCCCAAAAAGGCCCUGAAGGGGAAGGAGAGCAGCAUCGAGAACGAAAUCGCCGUUUUGCACAAAAUUAAGCAUGAGAACAUUGUCGCGCUGGAGGACAUCUAUGAAAGCUCCAACCAUCUCUAUCUUAUAAUGCAGCUUGUAUCUGGUGGCGAGUUGUUUGACCGCAUCGUGGAGAAAGGUUUCUACACAGAGAAAGACGCCAGCGUGCUUAUUAAACAAGUAUUAGACGCCGUCAACUACCUCCACAGUAUGGGCAUCGUGCACAGAGAUCUCAAGCCGGAGAAUCUGCUGUAUUUCAACCCCCAAGAUGGAUCAAAGAUCAUGAUCAGUGAUUUUGGGCUGUCUAAGAUGGAGGGGACAGGUGAUGUCAUGUCCACAGCCUGUGGAACACCGGGAUAUGUUGCUCCAGAAGUUCUGGCUCAGAAACCGUACAGUAAAGCCGUUGACUGUUGGUCUAUCGGAGUUAUCGCCUACAUUCUGCUGUGUGGUUACCCCCCGUUUUACGAUGAGAACGACUCCAAACUAUUUGAGCAGAUCCUGAAAGCCGACUAUGAGUUUGACUCACCGUACUGGGAUGAUAUAUCUGAUUCUGCAAAAGACUUCAUCAGUUGUUUGAUGGAAAAAGACCCCUUAAAGCGAUACACAUGUGAACAGGCCCUUCGGCAUCCCUGGAUCGCAGAGGACACGGCACUCUGCAAGAACAUCCAUGAGUCCGUCAGCCGACAAAUGCGCAAAAACUUUGCUAAAAGCAAAUGGAGGCAAGCAUUCAAUGCCACGGCCGUGGUUCGACACAUGAGAAGACUGCAGUUGGGCAGCAGCAUGGGCAGCAGCAUGGAUGCCACGCAUUCAAGCAAUGCCAACCAGAACCGAGUGAACGCAAACCAGACCGCGACCGCACCGCCCAACCAAACAUUAAAUUCUACACAGAAUGUGACUGCGUCUCUCAGCCCAAACCACAAAGCAGCUCAGAACCAGAAUACAGUGCUUAUUAAUGACAUGGCGACAGGCACCGCCUCUGUACCACGCAAAGACUGUGCGGCUCCACCCCACACUUCCUGUUCUCUGGCAUCAGCCACCUCCUCCACCGCCUCAGGGGCGGAGCCCUGCAGGCCACACCCUCCUUCGGUCACGUCUGUUAGCACAGUUGUAACUGGGACCAAGUGACGCCAGGUUCUGCGGGGAGAGAGCUGGGAGGCCACCGCCCUGUAAGCCCCACCCCUCAGCCCGCUCCCCGCCCUGCCGUCAAAGGAUGGCAGAGGACUGAUCCAUCACCAUAGCAACCACCGAGAGGCUGGAAAAAAACGUGCGUCUAAUGCACUCUGCUGUCCGACCUGCCAUUUAACCUCCAGGCAACUAGAGGGCACAAUGCAUGCAGCGGCAGGAGAAGGGGAUUCCCAGCAGGAAAGCUUUCAUUUCGAGAAGGCUGGACAGAACUGUAACGUCUUUGCUAUGAAUGUGCUAUGAACUUCGCCAGCCAUUUUACCUUUUGGAAAAACAAACAAGUCAAAGAGCGCAGCGGUUUAGGUGCGAAAGUGUGCAUGAUUGUGUCCGCCUUUAAAAGAGGGCGGAGCCAACAUCAAAGCGUUCUUCUUACUAUAGCUUGACUCUUCUAGCUCUUCCCUCUUUCUUCCCUCUUUUCCCGUUUGCUCACAAAUGUAUUGUAUUGUUAGCUACCACUUCUGAUCUGUUGGGCCUUUCCACGGAUUUUUCAUGCUGACCUAUAAAAGUGCUUUUAAAAUCACGUUAGACUGUUUUCGCGACAUUUUCGAGUCGAGACUUUAUCUGUUUGCACAUAGGCUAUACACGAGAACAGUUAGCUGAAUUAACUUUACUGUAUUACGAUGAACGGGAGAUUAGCGCUUCGAUUUUUAACAUCAAGCUAGAGGUUAAAACAAGCUAUAUGUUUAAUUUUUAGCAUUUUUUGCAAAUGUAUUUGUGAGCUCCACACACAGACGUAGUUGAUGGUAGAUAACUGAAUAUAGUACAACUGUUAAUACUAAAAACACACAUACUGUACACACAAAUCUCCCGAAAAGCCAUGGCAGCGUCUUUCUACGCCCAGUGUACGAGUUCUCAGGGAAUUCCGCAGCUUCACUGGGCGUCAUGAUGGUGGUUUCUAUAGUAAUGCGUACAUGGUACAAGAUUGUCUCAUACAGUCGGAUUUAUGUCGAUUAGUGCGAUGGACAGCUGUUUUCGUCUUAGCAUUCUCAUAAAGAUUGUACCACAAAGCGCUAAAAGUUUUGUUGCUUUCACGUCAUUUGGGAUUACAUGAUGACCCCAUGGGUUUGAAACACAAACAAAUUCGGUGCUAUUGAAACAUUGAGGUUUGUUCAAUGGACUUUAGAGCGUGAGAUUGUUCGGAAACUUAAACAAUACACGAACGUAACAUGGUUUAAAGUCUCCGUGAACCGGAAGUUGCGAUAGUUUUUACUUACGUAUUCUGAGUGAAAAGGAAAUUCAAAGAAAAAGAGUGGCUUGCAUUUUUCAUUGCAAAUUAAUUGGAUUUAGUAAUUAAUUAUUAAAAGGAAAAACAUCUAUUGCUUGAUUUUGAAAUGGAACGAAGGGGAGGAGUUAAUGGAUGCCCCGCCCAAGCUGUCUAGAUGAGAUGGAUAGUCAUUUCAGGGCGGAAGUCCAUUUGCAGAUUUUAACUGAAGAUAAUGAGUGUACAUGAAUUUUUAAAAGAAAACUAUCCACAUUGAUAAGCUGUUUAUUAUAAGCGCUGCAAUAUUUCACGAAAUAAUAUGAAUAAUUUCACUGGGACUUUAAGGUAAAGUCUAAAACGACAUGAAAGCAACAAAAUAACUUUUAUUGACGGUAAACAUAUUUCCAAAAUGACGAAGUGGCUGAUAGUUAAGCAUCGGUAUAAGGGCUACGUGUAGAUUUAUUCACUUCAUUAGUGACGGCUAACUGGUCUUCUGUCCCCGGAUGGCUCUUAUAAUGUCCCGCAAGCUUUUGAAAGAGACUGAUGUCUUCUUUGCCCUUUACGGUUUGUUAAUAUCACAGGAGAACUUGUCUGCGGACACAUGUGACAUUUUCCAAAGUGCCAUCUUAUAACUUCAUGCAUUUUUCUUCACUUUCUUGAAUGUUCGUUUCAGUAUAUAUUAAAAUAUGACACCUCGGUGUGAAGAGGUUAAUGCUAAGGGGUCUAUUUUCGGGUGCGUUUUGUCUUCGUCUGUAAAUAUGAGAUGAGUUCACAUACUCAGAAUAGAGGAACAUUGCAAACCAUCUUAGAAAAUAUUAGAGUAAGAUUUAUGUUUGUAUGCUACAGAAUAUGUUUAGUGUUAACGGAUCAUUCAGCACAUUUCAUUUUCUACUUUCUGAGUCACUUGCGGUGCAAGCAUGAAAUGUCAUGGAUGUUUCAGGUUUAUUAUCUUAAGCUUUAUCAACGUUAGGGUUUAUAGAAACAACUUGAACCUUUUCCUGCACUUACAAUUGAAGUAUAUUGGGUAAGGAAUUUUCGCACAUAAUACGUUUUUAUUUUUCAAGCACUUAAAUCUAUUAUAAUACACAAAAAUGUUUGUUCUUCAAGCUGUAAAGGGAGUCUACAUAACUGAUGAUAGUUAACAACUUUAUCACACUAGAUUUAUGUCAAGAUGUUUAAUAUUUUAGUUUUGUGGCUUGAAACUAUACUUGUUCCAUUUCUUGUCCCAUUGACUUCCAGUGUAAGCGCAUCAACAAACUAGGACACAAAUUGAAACAAUUAUUUACAAGAAUCAGUACCGUGUCACCGAUGCUGUCAAUAAGGCUUAAGUCAUAUUAAACCUGGAAUGUUAUUAAACCUGGAAGGUCACCUUGGGGUCAGUGUACGUAUACUGAGUGUUCGUCCUUUUGUCUGUGUUGUGUAAACAAAAGUAUAAAACCAAAAGGUGUGGAUGAUGUAAUGAAGUGACACAGUGGGUUAAUGCCAUGCCAAGCCAAACAGAAACGUCUUUAAAUAAUUGAUAAUAAUUCAAAUGAAAUAUUUGUUUAAAUCGCUUUUAACUAUUUUAUCAUUUUACUGUUUAACUUACAUUCUACCAAACUAAACACAUGCGCACAUGUGCCAUGACACACACAGACACACACACAAAACUGACUAUUCAACAAGUGCAAUGAAGGACAAACAGAAAGUUUAAAAAUGUUGAUCUGUGUUAGAUUUGUGUUUUGUUUACUUAUAGUGUCAUCAUUGUUGGUCUGUGUCCAGAGCAGUCUCUACGUUUGUCCAAAAGCUUCGUAAAUAGACCGUGAUUGUGAUGUGUCUUCCAUGUUGUUUCCGAAGAGAUGAUUUGUGUGUGUGUGUUUUCUCCUAAAUGUUUAUUUUGAUCAUUCCUCUCUCAUGUUGUUCUCCAAGCACUGCCUUUCUCUGAAACUCCACCGCACACUCUGAAUCUGUAUAUUCGGCUCUCGCUCUGUGUUGUAAACUGUACGUGCUGAGAAAAAAAAAAAAAUCACAUUUCUAUUGUAAAAACUGAAUAUUGAACUACAAUCGGUUGUGAUGCACCUUUCCGGAACUCCUUUUUUUUUACCAACUCAGUCGUCACUUUUGCCUCUUAUGAUGAAAAAGCUGUGACUGACAGGUGUCUGUGCUACCCAGUAACUGUGCAGUUCUUCAAACUCGUCCCCUGAAUGUGGACUUAUUGCUGUGCGACGUCGCUGAAGAUCUUAAAUCAUCUGCAACUGCAUCGAAUGAUUUUAUAAAGAAUUGCCAGCAUGUUAAAUGCGCUUAUCGGUUCAACGACUUGGUUUCACUAUGUAACUAUAUGUUUGAAGAAACAUGUCUAUAUCUAUCUAUCUAUCUAUAUAUAUAUAUAUAUAUAUAUAUAGAUACACAUUAAAAAAAAUGCAACUUUGACAGUGCAGGAUGUUAUCUCUGCGUCUCUCACAACCCUGUCCGAAAUAAAAGUUGCCCAGUGAAAUGUGAAUUAUAUCCUCAUAUGCAUGUGACAAUGAUGAUCCAUGUUUUGGGAGUGGCAUACGAAUACUAACGUUACUGUGAUGUGAAUCUUCUGUUGAUACGGGGCUUGUAUAUACAAUGCCUUUGACAAUCAUCUGCACAUAUCAGAAUUUAUAUUUCAUGCUGUAAAGCAAUUGGGGAAAGAAUGAUUUCCUUUUCGUUUUCCUUAAAUAAAUCCUGAAUGAUCAUCA